CUUGCCCAAUUUAGGCAGCGGAAGGCGCAAACUGAUGGUCAGAGUGGAUCAAAGAAGCAGAAAAAGAAGAAGAAAACAGCAAACAUCAAAGAUGAAGAAUCAAUACAAGACGGGAUUGGUACUGAUCAAUUUCGAGGUGAUGAAACAUCCACAUGCAGCAGCCAAAGGGAGGUGGCCCCUACUGCUGACUUUGCUGUUAUCAGGACUUUGUAUAGUGGAGAAUUUAUCCAACACAGCCAGACUUACACCACUAAGCCAGAAAGUGAAAAUUCCACCACAGUGGAAGAUUACAGUUCUGAGGUAAAUGGUUGCAGUUUUGUGACAAGAACAGCUAUACCUGCAGACUUAAUUGGGGAAGAAGAAUUUGGAGUUGGAAAGAUUUGUUCUGAGCAUGGAACGCGGCACACUCACACGCAGCUAGAGGUGAUGAAGAAUGAAUUGUCUGGGAAACAGCAAGAGAUUGAAGAACUAAACAGAGAGCUAGAAGAAAUGAGGGCAGCAUAUGGUACAGAAGGAUUGCAACAGCUACAAGAAUUUGAAGCUGCUAUCAAAAAAAGAGAUGACAUUAUCACUCAGCUCACUACUAACCUACAGCAGGCACGGAAAGAAAAGGAUGAAACGAUGAAGGAAUUCUUAGAGCUUACUGAACAAAGUCAAAAACUGCAAAUUCAGUUUCAGCAUUUGCAGGCAAGUGAAGCCCUGAGGAACACCAGCCAUAGUUGCACAGCUGCUGAUUUAUUGCAAGCUAAGCAACAGAUACUUUCAUAUCAGCAACAGCUAGAAGAACAAGAAUGUCUGCUGAAGGAUUAUCAAAAAAAGAAUGAAGAAUUUGAAGUGCAGGUUACGCGUCUUCAAGACAAAAUCGCAACAUAUGAAAUGGAAAAACACAAAAAUGAGGGAGAAGAUUUGGGUAAGCUACAGGAAAAAGAAGCAUUAGUUGAAGAGCUGGAAGCAAAACUUGGAGAAGAAGAAAAAAAUUCAUUUCGUCUUAAGGAAAAAUUAUCAGAUGUCAGUAAAUUACUUGAAGUAUUGAAAGAACAGAUUUCGUUAAAGAACCAGGAAAUAAGUAAUAUGAAAGCUGAACUUAGCACCUACAAACAGAAAGAGAGACAAUGCUCUGAAGAAAUAAAACAAUUAAUGGAAACUGUGGAAGAAUUGCAGAAACGAUGUUAUAAAGACAGCCAGUCUGAAGCUGACAUUGUGCAAAGGAUGGAAUUGGAAACUCAAAGGAGACUGGCACAACUUCAGGCUGAAUUAGAUGAAAUGCAUGGCCAGCAGAUUGUACAAAUGAAGCAAGAAUUAAUUAAGCAACAUGCAAUGGAAAUAGAGCAGCAUCUUUCACAACAAAAAGUAGAAUUGGAGAAACCCUCAAGUCUGUGUUUGGAUGAGGAUAAUAAUGAAGAUCGCAUGCAUUUAAUGAAUAUUAAAAUUACUGAAUUGAAUAUGAAAUUGCAAGAUGCUGACAAUGAAAGGGAAAAAAUAAAGCAAGAAUUGUCACAACAGAUGGAAGUAAUUUCAGCAGAGAAGUCUCUUCAGCAAACUAAAAUUGAAGAUCUUUUCCAAGAACUGAAUUUUUUAAGAGAGCAGGUUCAAAGAGCCAAACAAACUAUAGUGGAUAUGGAAUGUAGAUUAAAUGAAGCUGAAAAAUACCAGUUUGUGAUUGAAGAUUUAAAAGCUCAGCUGGAUUCUGCCUCUGAAUUUAGGAAGGAAUUGGAAUUAAAACAUGAAGCAGAAGUCACAAAUUACAAAAUAAAACUCGAAAUGCUAGAAAGGGAGAAGGAUGCAGUUUUGGGCAGGAUGGCAGAAUCUCAGGAAGCAGAAUUAGAGCGACUGAGGACAAAGCUUCUGUUCAGUCAUGAAGAGGAACUUUCCAGACUUAAAGAGGACUUACAAAAAGAGUACAUGGUGAAUAUGGAAAGCCUUAAAGAUAACUUGAAUAUGCACCAUAAACAGCAGUUAGAUGAGGUACAAAAUGAAAUGAGUAAAAAGAUAGAAGCGAUGCAGUAUGAAAAGGACAACUUAAUCACAAAGCAAAAUCAGUUGAUAUUAGAGAUUUCAAACCUAAAAGAUUUACAGCAGUCUGUUGUAAAUGCUAAAGCUGAAGAAAUGACACUUCAAAUCCAUGAGCUGCAGAAGGAGAUUGAAGUGCUUAGGCAAGAGGAAAAAGAGAAGGGUACCCUUGAACAAGAAAUUCAAGAGCUGCAGCUUAAAACUGAGUUGAUGCAGGAACAAAUGAAGGAGAGAGAAGAUGGCCUUCAAAAAAAAUGUUUAGAAUUUGAAAUACAAAAUAACCUUCUUAAGGGGGAAAACAAAACUCUGGAAGAGAAGUUAAACAGUAUGUUGCUACGCUCUGAAGAAAAUGUCAUUUUUAACAACAGUGUUAGCUCUAAGUCAGAGAUUUUGGACUUGCAAAAAAGAAUAGAAGAGCUGAUUACUGAAAAUGAGCAACUUAAAAACAAAAACAAUCAACUCCAAGAGGAUACAGAAAGGCAGAAGAGUACCUUUUCAUUUACUGAGAAAAAACUUGAAGCUAAUUAUAAGGAGCUGCAGAAAGAAUGUGCAAGUCUUCUAAAGGCAAAAACUGAGUUAGAAGAGAACAAGAAUAUGCAGGAAGCUGAAUAUAAAAACAAACUUAAAGCUUUGAAUGAAAAACUUCUCCAUUUACAAAGCAAUAGACAGAUUUUAUGUAAAACUAAAACUUCUGAUUUUGAAGCAAGUAAAGAAAUCGACAUGUCCAGGGCAGACAUGUUUGAGGUUGGAGAAGCUGUCGAGAAAUAUGCAACAGAACUUAUGGAAAAGCUUGAGAUUACCCAGCGUGAAAAACUGGAAUUAUCCCUGAGACUUUCUGAUCUCUCUGAACAGUUGAAGUCAAAGCAUAGUGAAAUUUGUCAUUUAAACGAAGAAGUUAAAUCCUUAAAAGAUGAGAAAGAACAAGUUCUGGCAAAAUGUAAGGAACUAGAAGUCAUAAUUAGCCAUGCUCAGAGAGGAAAUAGCAAUAGUAACGAGCCUAAGAAAAAGCACUCUAAAGGAAAAGCUCCAAAGACUGCUGCUUGGGCAUCUGGAAGUAGAAAUAAAACCCUUGGUUCAAGGAACAAAGUUGACGAAGGAAUGAAUGUAAGAGGAAAUCUAGGUUCAGAUAAAGAUAUCGGUCAUGAGGCAACAAAAGGAAAGGAAGUUCAGCAAAUGUUGAAACCAGAACAGUCUCACGUAGAACAUUCGCAUGGGAUGACAGACAAGCUGACAGAUGAAACACCGGUAAUGGCCAUUACACAGACUGAAAAUAAUAAUCUUCAGCAGCAGGUGGAUGCACUAAAAUCAGAACAGACUGAUUUACAGCUACAGAUGGAAGCACAGCGCAUUUGCCUGCCCCUGGUUUAUUCAGCUCAUGUAGACCAGGUUUGUAAAUAUCUGAAAGCCGAAAAAGAGAGUGCACUUUGCCAUCUUAAAGAGGAGCUUGUACGUAGUCAUCUACAAGAGAUGAAUGAUCUUAAAAAAAUGCAUCAACUGGAACUCCAGUCCUUGAAAAUUCAACAAGCAGAUGAUGAAGUCAAAUCUACACAGAGACUUAUAGAAAAGCUGAAUGAAGCUGUAACUGAGGAAUGUUCUAGGCUUGCUCAGGUUUUGCGUGCUGAUCAGAAUGAGCAUUCUUCAGCUGCUAUCGAAGUUGGUGAUAGGGAACAGGAUAUUUUCCAUAGACCUGCUACUGUGAAAGAAAAACUGAGUGCAGAAUUGCUGAUACACAGAGGUCAAGCUCAAGCUGUGCAAGAACAUAUGGAUGCUCCUCUACACAAGAUAAUGGAAGAAUACAGUAGGCUGAAAGUACUUCAAACCCAGGUCAAAGAACCAUGGCUAUCUCCUUCAGAAAGAAGGAAAAAAGAGGAACCUAGCCAUCGGGAAACAAGGAAGGAAUGUCUGCAGACCCCUUCACAGGGUCUAACAGAUCCUAUGAUUGGAGAAUACUGUUUGAAGGAGAUAGUGAGCCUUAAAGCACAACUUGAAGAACAGCAUGCUCGAGAGCUGGAACACCUGUGGUCCUACUUCCGGCAGCAGCUGAAGGAAAGUGAAGAGAGGUACACUACAGAGAUUGCCCGCCUGCAGGAUAAGCUUCAGAGCUCUGGGGUAUCCUCUGACCACACAAGUGUGUCCACAGAUUCAGAAAUAAAGCUAAAUGAAAUCUUCAGGAAGGUGAAAGGCACUGAAAGUCUUCGUCAGCAAAGAACAGAUGAAGCACUGGAGCUUGCUAGUGAAAUUGAAGUGUGGAAUGAUCUGGAUGUUGUUCAAGUGCUGGAAAAGCAGUACCAAGAAAGAUCAGGAGAAAUAGCAGAGGAUUUAUUUUUAUUUUUUGUGUCAAUGGGUGUAGCAUAUGCCGAACAGACUGAAUUGUCAAGAAUGGCUAGGCAGAGGGAAGCAGCAGCACAAACACAGAUUGUAUGUCAACAGGGAAUGCAUUUUGAAAUUAAAAAGGAAUGUAGUGAAGAAGAGGUUGACAGCCCUCUUAGAAAAUCAACAGAAAAAGGCAGUCAUCGUCAAGAAGAAUCGAAAUCACUUUGCAAGGAACUCACUGAGGAGUCUGAGAUCAACUCCCUUGGAGAACAGCUCCAUUCUAAGAGCAAGCCUGGUUGUGUGUUAGGACAGGCCACGCAUGAAUCUCUGAUUUCCGAAGAACGUUUUUCCCAUGUCAAAGAAGAAAUACUGCUCUACAGUGAUGUGACAGCAACAAACACAGAAACAUCAAGUCAGCUGUUGUUAUAUGAGGAGCGUUUGGAAGACAUGCGGCAGGAGCUAGUACGACAGUAUCAGGAACAUCAGCAGGUGACAGAAUUACUGAGACAAGGGCACAUGCAGCAAAUGGAACGUCAAAAAGAAGAUCAAGAACAACUCUUAGCAGAACUUGAGAGUCUUAAAGUGCAAUUAGCUGAGCGUGCCUCAAUGGAUAACGACAGCCUGGUUGCAGAGAGAGAGAGAAUGCUUUUAGAAGAACUGGAAUCAUUAAAACAAUAUUCUGUACCUGGAAAAGAGAGGCUGUUUUGUGAGCUACAAAACAACAGCACACAAACAGAGAAUGAAAAUGAAAACCAAAACAAUGCGAGAGAGCAGAUCUUUGAGGAUGAAGAUACAGGAAGGAAGUCUGAGACAUCUUCAACUCUUCUUUCUAAAGAAAGGCAUGCAUUUCAGAAGGCUAAUGAGAAACUUAUGAAGAUUGUUUUAGAAGUUGUGAAGACAACUGUGGCCGUGGAGGAGACGAUUGGUCAUCAUGUUCUUGGGUUACUGGAUCGGUCUGGGAAGGUCCAGCCUUCCAAACCAGCUGGAUGGGACACAGAGAAAGAGGAGUCAGUAAAACCCUGUAUCCAUGUGGGGUAUGAAAAAG